AUGCCGUUGUCGAAUCGCCGGCGUGCGCGCCGGAAGGAGAUCCAACUCCAGGAAACCUCCGACGCAGAGGCUCCAGACUCGUCCCCUAGUCGUCCGUCUGCAAAGAAGCGCAAGGUCGAUCGCCGCGCCUCACCCUCACGAACCGCUAUCAAAGCGGCACCCGAAUCCGACGAUGACGAAGACUCAGCUGGCGACCAUGAUCCGUCAACCCACCAGGAUGUGGUCGACCUGGUGAUCUCAUACCUCAACAUCCCGCGCGAAGAACUGCGCGUCACGCGCGAUCACUCCAACGCCAAGACUGAGAACAAGCAGAGUAUUCAAGCCUAUGCGAAAAUCGCCGGCCGCGACUGGACCUAUUACGUCAAGUCGCUUCAUGUCAACAUCGGUCGCGAACCAGACCGCGAACAACACCCCACUGAACAAUCCAGUCCGGUCACUAUUGCCGCUCGUUCGCUCCCGGAUGUCGAUGUAGAUUUAGGUCCGAGCAAGUUUGUGUCACGGCUCCAUGCGGAGGUCUUUUAUGAUGGAAAGCAGGCGCCAGCCUGGCAUAUCCGGGUGAAUGGCCGCAAUGGCGUUCGACUGAAUAACUCGAUUCUCAAACGCGGCGCUGAUGCGAUUCUUUCUUGUGGCGAUAUCAUUGAAGUCGCCAAUACGCAGAUGAUGUUUGUCACGCCUGGUGACGUUCCCAAUAUACACCCUAGUUUUGUCGAGCGCGCGCAGCGCAUUGCGAGUGGUCAGGAACCGGAUCCGGCUUCCGUGGCUUGGGAUGCGUCGCAGCAUGCUCAUCCGCAAGCCUCGCAGACAACGGAGUCAGCGCGUCCUUCUUCAUCUGGUGGUCCUUCAUUGGCGCCAGCGCCGAACUUCCUCAAGCGCAACGUCACCCCGCCUCCCCGGUCCCCGGAUACGGCGGGCGCGCGGACGGUUAAGCAGUCUCCACUUUACAACCGGGGUAUGAUGAUGGAGAGCACAGAGGAAAUUGACUACAGUGCGGAUGCGGCUAAGGACCUCAAGCCGCCCUAUAGUUAUGCCUCACUGAUUGCGCAGGCUAUCUUCUCCAGUGAAGAGGAGAAGCUUACUCUUAACAGCAUUUACAAUUGGAUUAUGGACCGAUACGCUUUCUAUCGACACUCGCAAAGUGGCUGGCAAAAUUCUAUUCGUCACAACCUGUCUUUGAACAAGGCCUUCCAGAAAGUUCCUCGUCGAACUGAUGAGCCGGGCAAGGGAAUGAAGUGGCAGAUUGCUGUGGAGCAUCGUGAAGAAUAUAGGAAAAAGCAAGCACGAAAGGGCAAUCAAUCGUCAGCUCCGUCAUCGCCGGCGACCAAAGAGCCUCCAUCGUCAGCACGUGCUCACAUCCCUUCAAUUGAUACUUCUUUUCCCGCUACGGCUAGAAAGUCCCCACCCGUCUCAUCUCCAGGCUUCAGCUCGUUUCCCGUUGCGCCCGUAGAGGCGUUUACUCCGGAGCGUGGUUCACGAGCCGGUCGUGGUCUCGGCUCCGACCACCCACUCCGGCACAUGAACCCGCAAGGCUACGAGGAACCAUCCCCUCUACCCGCCCGCACGCGCAACACAGCCGGAUCGAGCCAAGCAACGAACACAAACCCCAGCCACGGAUACGGAAUGUCAGAUAACGUAGCCGGAUCCCCACCCGUGCUCUCAUCUUCAUACUACGACGAUGGGCCUUCAUCAAUGAUCACCCCUGCCCCUCAACGACAACAACCCCGUCUUCCUCCCCCAAGCACCGCUCAGAUCCCAUCAAAGUUCAUGCCAAUGAGCUCACCAGCCCAGUUUUGGAAAUUCGCCGAUAUUGGCAGCACCCCCGCGCGUCCGGUACCGGAUAUGAGUCCACUAAAGGGCGAGGCUGAUGAUCGGGAUCGGAUCAUUGGCAGUUUCCCAAGCAGUAGUCCACCACCUCCGAACCUGGCUAGUCCCAGCAAACCAGGAACAUCAAAUGGUCUCGGCUCAAGCAGGACAUUACCGCCGCUACAAUCUGACACUGGGGAUCUGGUUCCGACUACUUCGCGGAAAGAAGAGGAGGAAGAGGAUGAUAAUGGCUUUGAUCUUGCUCGUGGAUUCCAACCCAUCGGCUCAUACCAUCGACAAUUAAGCAAUGCAGCACGCGCCACAGCAACCUAG